ACCCGGAGUUUAUUUCGGAUACACGGGAAGUCAGACUGGUUUUUAGAAUUUUAGUUUUCUUUCGUAGAAGCGUUUUAACCGGUUCAUUUGCAAUUACUAUUGUUUAAAAUAUCAGAUGAUAUCAGGUUAUCUAGUUUCUGUUCACCUUGUAUGAGUUAAAAUACAGCCCUCAAUAUGUUGAUUAAAGUUAAGACACUCACAGGUAAAGAAAUAGAAAUUGACAUCGAACCCACGGACAAGGUGGAAAGAAUCAAAGAGAGGGUGGAAGAAAAGGAGGGGAUCCCACCACAACAGCAAAGACUAAUUUACAGUGGAAAACAAAUGAAUGAUGAGAAGACUGCUGCUGACUACAAGAUUCAGGGAGGAUCUGUCCUGCAUUUAGUUCUGGCUCUCCGAGGAGGGGAAAACCUGCACUAGCCCUGUAAUCUCCGUCUGUCCUCUAGUCUAUUAUGGUAAACUUGUAAAUAGUAGAAAUCGGUUUUAUUAUGUUCAUAAGCAGACCGGCCAGGUGGCUCUGCUGCUUAAAGCCACAAGUGGACAUUUGGCUUUGCAUACAUCACACUCUGAGUCAUGUUAUUGUGAUUCUGAACAGUUUACAACCUAAAUGUGAGUUGACAUUCAUUUCUGCCCUUUUUGUUCUGUGGUAUAUGAUGGUAUAUAUACACUUAAGCAGGUUAAAAACUGUUUACUGAUGUUUUAAGACAGACACCGGUCCCUUAUAAUAGAUUCAUUAAUUAGUUGACAUUAUUUCUUGCUAUUUAAAAAUUCUCAUUCAGCUGUUAAAUAUGCAUUAAGGAAUGUUAUUUCCUAAAAGAGAGGCUCACGUGUACCAUCAUCUUCCUAAACUAAUUUCUUGAAUGCGGUGCAUUAUACCAUAUAUUUGUUUUAUUGUAUUGUUUGGAUAAAAGAGGAAUAAACAAAUUGGACAAAG